AGCUCUGUUUAUUUUGCUUGUAUUCGCUGACUGAUCUUAGAAAUAACACGAAACGUUUUGGGAGAUCAGUCAUCUAUUUGCUUGCUUUGCCAUGAGGUCGUUUUUGCUAGUGAUGCUGCUGACACUGGGAUCGAGUUUGGCCCAACUUGUUUACAGAGACUACGGCUUACCAUCCGACGGAGGAUUUUUUGGAGGCCAAGGAGUAAAUGGACUGAUCAGUGGUCGUAGACCAGGAGGUCCAUUUGGAAGUGGCGAUCAGCAAGGAGGUUUAAUAACUGGAGCAAGCAGCGGAGGGCCUUUUGGCCAUGGUGGAAGUGGUCUAGUCAGUGGAAGUAAUUCAGGAGGCCCAUUUGGAAGUGGCAAUCAUGAAGGAGGUCUAAUUUCUGGAGGGAACAGUGGAGGUUCCUUUGGCGGUAAUUAUGGCCAAGGUGGAGGUGGACUGAUCGGUGGCAGUAAAACUGGAGGACCAUUUGCCAGUAACCAUCAUCAAGAGGUCUUAAUUUCCGGACAAAAUAGUGGAGGUCCCUUUGGCAGUAAUCAAUGGACAGACGGCUCAAUUGGUAGUGACAGUGAUAGUGGUCUUAUCAGUGGCAGGCAAACUGGAGGUCCAUUUUCCAAUAAAGGACUCAUUUCUGGAGGAAAUAGUGGAGGUCCCCUUGAUAGAAAUCAAGGAAGAUAUGGUUUGUCACCUGAAAGUGGUCUGAUCAGUAACAGCAGGCCUGGAGGUCCAUUUGUCAGUAACAUUCACCAUGAAGGUCUAAUUUCUGGAGGAAGGAGCCAAGGUACGUUUGGCCAUAGUGGAAGUGGUCUAGUCAGUGGAAGUAAUUCAGGAGGACCAUUUGAAAGUGUCAAUCAUGAAGGCAAAUUAAAUUCUGGUCUAAUCAGUGGAAGCAAUACUGGAGGACCGUUUAAAACAAAUACCCAGGAAUCGGAACUCAUUACAGGAAGUCAAACAGGUGGACCCUUCGGAAACGGAAUUUAAUAGAAGUCCGUUUAGUUGAAGCUUUUUCGGCAGCAAUUAAUUUAGUUCAAAAGGCAAACCUUGCCAAAUAAACGUGUUUCAAUUAUUUUAUAUGAGAA